AUGCUGACCGACUGCGGCGAAAACUGGACGCCUCUUGGUCGCAUCGCCUCCGAUAGAUACAACACCAUGCGGCAGAGCCUAUCUGACAGGCCAUCACGGCAGCCUCCCGCCUCCUGCCCGUCGAUGGAGGCUGGAAAAUCUUUCGUGGAAGGAGGAAAAAAAACGCUCUCUAGCUCCGUGCGCAGACAGACCCGCGCUACGACCAUGUGGGUUGUGACCCGUGCGCACUCCAUCGCAAGGCUGGCAGGGACUCGCCAAGGACCGGAUAGUGCAGACAGCAAGCACCAUUUUCUGCGUCUCGGCCGUUCGACUCCCGGGACGGUUGCCCAGUCGCGCCGCACGGGGGCUAAUGAAGACGAGCGUCCGCGAGGUGCCGGUACGUACAAUCUCUAUGCCAAUGCAGAUCUUCGCCGGCCUGGUCUCCUGCAGGGAGGGCCGGGCGACGUCUAG